UGCCCGGGGCUCACCGCGCCGCCGCUGGGCGCUGACUCAGCCGCAGUCCGGUUGCUCUGCUGAGCCGGACAUGGGGAGCGCGCGACCGGAGCCUGCCUGGAGCCACCGGGGAAGCACCGCAGCGCUUGAGCCACGGGCUUCCGGAGCUGGGGGGCUGGCCCAUUUAGGUCCCUGAGCACAUCCGACUCGCUUGGCCAGCCACCUACAGCUCUGCUCUCUGAGAAGCCGCACGGACUCAUUGGCUCAAGCUGUGAUGCUCAGCUGUCCGUCCAUCUCGUCUCCUGGAACAGCUCAACCCAGGGUCUUCCUGAAGUGGUGAUCACUCCAGCGGGCGGGGGUAGAAAAUGGUACCAGUCAGGCCAGAGCUCUGGGAUCCCACAGUCGCUGCUGCAGGAUGGAGGAAGCUACUCCCGAGCCCGUCUAUGUGGAUGUGGACAAGGGGCUGACCUUGGCUUGCUUCGUUUUCCUCUGCCUCUUCCUCAUAGUCAUGAUCAUCCGCUGUGCCAAAGUCAUCAUGGACCCCUACAGUGCCAUCCCCACGUCCACCUGGGAGGAGCAGCACCUGGAUGACUGAGGCACAGGACAGGUCUCAGGGUCCUGGAGGAUGCACCUCUGCACAUCCUUGCCAACUUCCUGCAAGCACUUGACAAGUGCUGGAGACUGGGAGUGGCUAUGACCACCCAAGAUGGAGAAGGCUCACCUUCGCCUUACUGACUCUCAUGUGACCACCAGAGCGAAAGGCCAGCAUGCUGGAGCCAUGGCGGGAGCCUGGGGAAGCCUGGGGAGAGGAAUGCUAAGCCAUGAUGCAGGAGAGUGGGGACCAUCCUGGGACUCCACUGGGAGACAGCAGGAUGAGGGUCCCCUGCGCCGGCCCCUGGGCACCUUUGAAAACUAAACCCAAACCAGACACUCUGGCCUGCAAACAGUGGUCAGGAAGAGACUGACCUUCAACUACACAGCACUGAGAGGUCGCUGAGAGCACAGUACCCUCUACAGACUGGCAGUGACAGGGCAGGAAGGAGGGAGACUUCAGGGGGCUUCUCCUGCAAAUUCUCACAAGGCACACAGCUACUUUCAAACUGCUUUUUCUUUUUUUUUUUUUUCAAAAAAAAAAAAACCCUAA